CUGCAGAAAAACUAGGAUUUUCCAAGUGAAACCCGCUUUUAAUACUACUUAAAUUCUGAGCAUUUUCAUGACAAAUAUUCCCUGAGCCACAUGCUGCUUCACCCGACAUGAUUAUUUGGUCACGUGUAAGCGGCCUUAGUUUUUGACAGUUUGAUAGGAUACUUACAGGAUCAGUCGGCCAGACGAUUUAUCAGAUAUCAGCCAGAAAUCAGCCGAUUUCUACAAAUAUGUUUAUAAUGAUGCCAAACGAUGGCAGUAAAGCACUAAUUUUCCUUUAGACGGAGAUGUGGACUGACAAAGCUCCUCCCCCCCCCCGACUUCAACAGUUCCUUGGCACCAAUAUGCAACAAGAUGGCGCCAAAGAGCCAGAGGUUUCUCCACUUCUUCCAUCAUGACCAGGAAGGUGUUCACCAACACGCGCGAGCGCUGGCGCCAGCACAACGUCAACAGCGCCUUCUCCGAGCUGCGCAAGCUCAUCCCCACGCACCCGCCCGAAAAGAAGCUGAGCAAGAACGAGAUCCUGCGGCUGGCCAUGCGCUACAUCGACUUCUUGGCGCGCUUGCUGGAGAGCCAGGGCGGCGGCGGCGGCGGCGAGGCACGCGCCGACCACCGCCACAGCCCCGCCGCCCUACUCACGCUACUGCGCGGCAACAUGGAGCAGCUGCGCUCGCCCUCGCGUCCUUGGACGCUGGCCAGUGACACCGAGGCGCCCUUCUCGCCCGGGUCCAGCUGCGGCAGCUCAGAGCCCUGGUAGGAUCACGGCCGGAAACGGACUUUCAGACCUUUUUUUUUUUUUCGGGUCUGACCUUCGACUGAUGUGAGGAGUGCACAUGUGAAGCAUUGUGUUUGUUAUAUUGUGUAUGGAUGUUUUAUUACGAGUCCCGCGGUAGGUAUUUGUGUUCUCCUAAAAGAGACGAACUGUAAAGAGACCGCCUCAGAAAAAGCACUUUUUCCACAUUCUCUUUUUUCCACCCCAACAGAUUGCACUGUUUUUUUUUUCUUGAAGAUAUGAGGACUCAUUUUUGUACAGUUUGCAACUCAUCUCGCCAAAGAUUGAUGCUUUUUGCUUGUUUACUGUGAUGCUAAAUUGCAUAAUUAGCAUCUGAUACCUCUUUUUGGAUUUUUUUUUCCUGUUCUUAAUUAUGAAAAAUAUUUAUUUGAACUAUUUAUUGAAUAAACUCUUUGUUGAUGAA